CAUGCUUUAUUAAGCACAUGGGCAAGCGCAGAAAACCACUCAUUUCCAGAGUUGAAAGAAAAAGAAACACCUGUGGAAAAAUAACUGCUUUCUAAAGUUGUUUUGUUGCUGUCCAGCGAAAAGUAAUUUUUCUGUUACUUUUUAUUUGUUCAAUAGAAGCGUUGCUAUGGCAAGUUUCGUAGACGUGAAGAAUGUUGAGCCAACCCACUUUGAAGAACAACACUACGACGAAUAUGAAUACUACAACCUUUCAGAAAAAUACACAAGUGGCGCUAGCCGCAAGGGGAGGUCAAAGAAGGAAGCCAUCGACAAUACCAACCGACCCAACAACGGAGGCCACGAGCGCAAGCUCAUAGAGAAACUUCAGAACACUGAAAAGAAGGCCAAGGAGUGAGUAAAUGGAGGGCAAAUCGGACGGCUAACACUGGCAACCGACCAUGGUGACAAAACAAGAUGGGCAGACAGACGGUGAACUCCAAUGUAGAAAGGGGUGAAUAUGAGGACGGGUCACAUGCUGCCAAUGAGUUUGACUGUAGCGUCAGUGAAGGGGGAUUUACAGUCCUCCUUCAUAGAGCUGAUGGUCGGUGGGAGUGGCCCCCAUAUUGGUUGUUCACCUCAGUCAUGGGUAGACCUCCACUGAAGGUGAUGUAGGCCACCUGUGCAAGCGGUCUUCUGGACGACCUUCCCACACAAGUGGGGAGUAAUGGGAGUGGUUGCAGGCUGCAUCGUGUUUCAGUGGUUUUGUUUUUAAGUCUUAAUUGAUGAUACUUGUCACGUAAUGUUUUUAUAAAGCAAAGAGGUUCUUAAAAUGUAUUUAUUUUACAAAGUGUAUUGAAAAUAAAUGCUUUCAUAAAAUGUAUUAAGUCUAGAUUUAAAGUGGUA